AUGCUCGGCCGCCCAUCGCGUUCGCUGGCUCGUGCUCUCCCGGCGCGCCCCUCGGCGUCGUCGGCGCUGCUCUCGACCGCUGUCGUGCAGAAGCGUUUCCGCUCCACGGACCGCAAGUCGUCGGAAAAGGCAAAGCUCCACACGUCGUCGUCGACCCAGCAGCUGCCUCCCGCGUUUGUCGAGUACUCCCCCCACCGCGGCAAGGGCAUGACCGUUGAGGGUAAGCAGCGUGUUAGGGAGCACGUUAGGAGGAUCCAGAGCUCGGCCUCUACCAACUCCCCCGCCGCUGCUGUCCGUCCUGCCCCCGCCGCCCACUUCCAGCAGCCCCCCAACCAGAACACCGCCGCUUCGCCGUACGCUGCCGAGGCCAACCCCAAUAUCCGCGAUGGCUACGACCACUCCUUUGUCGGCCUCUCUGGUGGCCAGAUCUUCCACGAGAUGAUGCUGCGUCACGAUGUCAAGCAGGUCUUUGGCUACCCCGGUGGAGCCAUUCUCCCCGUCUUUGACGCUAUCCACAACUCGCCUCACUUUGACUUUGUCCUGCCCCGUCACGAGCAGGGUGCCGGCCACAUGGCCGAGGGCUACGCUCGUGUGACGGGCAAGCCUGGUGUCGUUCUCGUCACCUCGGGCCCCGGCGCGACCAACGUCAUUACCCCAAUGCAGGACGCUCUUUCGGACGGUAUCCCCAUGGUCGUCUUCUGUGGCCAGGUCGCCACCUCGCUUGUUGGCUCAGACGCGUUCCAGGAGGCCGACGUUGUCGGCAUUUCGCGUUCGUGCACAAAGUGGAACGUCAUGGUCAAGGACAUUGCCGAGCUGCCCCGCCGCAUCAACGAGGCCUUCAAGAUCGCCACCUCGGGCCGCCCCGGCCCCGUCCUCGUCGACCUCCCCAAGGACGUCACCGCCGCCAUCCUCCGUACGCCCAUCCCCGCCAAGGCCGUCACCCCCGGCGCCACCCCUGGCCUCCCCCAGAACCCCCUCCACCCCACCGUCGGCAACAAGCAGCCCGGUGACGCCAGCCUCAUCACCAAGGCCGCUGACAUGAUCAACCGUGCCAAGCGUCCCAUCAUCUACGCCGGCAACGGUGUCAUGGCCGACCCUGAGGGACCCGAGCUCCUGAAGAAGCUCGCCGACAUUGGCGGUAUCCCCGUCACCACCACCCUCCAGGGUCUUGGAGCCUUUGACGAGCGUGACGAGAAGUCGCUCCACAUGAUCGGCAUGCACGGCGCCGCCUAUGCCAACUACGCCAUCCAGGAGGCCGACGUUGUCAUUGCUCUCGGUGCCCGUUUCGACGACCGUGUCACCGGCAAGGUCGACACUUUUGCCCCCGCCGCCCGCCAGGCCGCCCUUGAGGGUACCGGCGGUAUCAUCCACUUUGAGAUCCAGGCCAAGAACGUCAACAAGAUUAUCGAGGCCCAGCUCCCCGUUCUCGGUGACGUUGUUGCCUCGCUUGCCGAGCUCGUCCCCCAGAUCAAGAACGUCGACCGUUCGGCUUGGCUCAACCGUUGCAAGGCCAACAAGGAGAAGUACCCCUUCACCUUUAGCCCUUCGCAGGAGGGCCAGCGUCUCAAGCCCCAGGAGGUCAUGAAGGAGCUCAACGCUCAGGCCGAGGUCAUUGGCAAGGAGAAGUUCAUCCUGAGUACCGGAGUUGGACAGCACCAGGCAAGUAUCCGUGGAGACGGGACUGCGGCGGUGAUGUGGGCAUGCCAGUACUGGCGCCACGCUGCGCCAAGGAGCUUCGUCUCGUCCGGCGGUCUCGGUACCAUGGGCUUUGGUGUCCCCUCUGGCAUCGGUGCCAAGGUCGGCGCACCUGAGAAAUACGUGAUUAACAUUGACGGUGAUGCCUCGUUCUCCAUGACUGCCAUGGAGCUGCAGACUGCCAACCAGUACAGCAUUGGUCUGAAGACCCUCCUGCUCAACAACGAGUUCCAGGGUAUGGUUGAGCAGUGGCAGGACCUCUUCUACGAGGAGCGCUACUCGCACACCCGCAUGCACAACCCCGACUUCCAGCAGCUCGCCGAGGCCAUGGGCACCAAGGCCAUCAAGUGUACCACCAUGGAGGAGCUCCCUGCCAAGAUGAAGGAGUUCCUCGAGUACCCCAACGACCGCCCCGUCCUCCUCGAGUGCAUGGUCUCGUCCGAGCACGUCUACCCCAUGGUCCCCGCAGGCAAGGCCCUGCACGAACAGAUCCUCCACCCCCUCCUGAGGAACAAGACCGCCUAA